GCGACGCCAUCUUAUUCUUCUAGCAAUUGUCAGAGAAGAGGACGGAAGACACUCGUUAAAAACACAGAAGGAAGACCGGAGAGAGUCAACGAUGAGCGGAGCCAAAGCCCGCAGCGACGCGCCUGUUGCUGAAAAUGUCUCCGGCGGCGGGCACAGCACUGCGGCUGCCCCGCGGGACCGCAAGCCCGGCGGCGGGGUUCUGAAGAGGCUUAAGUCCCGGAGGAGCCAGGUGGACAGCAGGCCCGUCACGGAGGAAGACCUGCGGACACAGAGUGGACACAUCACGCCGGAGGAUGUGUUAGGACUGCGGGUGGCAACGCGAGGGUACCUCUGUAAACCGGAGGACAAUAUUUAUAACAUCGACUUUGUACGCUUUAAGAUUAGAGACCUGGAGACCGGGACUGUCUUGUUUGAGAUUGCCAAACCCCCGCACACAGAGGACGAUGAGGAGAACAGAGAGGCGGAUGCCAGCACAGGAAGAUUUGUACGCUACCAGUUCACACCAGCCUUCCUGCGACUGAGGACUGUUGGAGCUACGGUGGAGUUCACAGUUGGAAACCGGCCUUUAAACAACUUCCGCAUGAUCGAGAGGCACUACUUCCGCGAUCACCUGCUGAAGAGCUUUGACUUCGACUUUGGCUUCUGUAUCCCAAACAGCCGCAACACCUGUGAGCACAUCUAUGAGUUCCCUCAGCUGUCUGAGAGUCUGGUCCGUCAGAUGGUGGAGUGUCCUUACGAGACCCGGUCAGACAGCUUCUACUUUGUGGAGAACAGACUGGUCAUGCACAACAAGGCAGACUACGCCUAUAACGGAGGACAGUGAUAUCUGCCCGCUAACAUGCAAAAAAAAUCACACACAAACACGAACAUGCGAAUGCACACGCAUAU